AAGCAGCAACACAUCAAAAAAACCUAUCGCACAUGAUACAGCUGACAAGUUUCUGUGCACGAUCCGGGGACUUCAUACAGUACUAAUAGCUCCUUAUUAACGAGAUCUUUCACCAGUGCAACCACUUCCUGUUGCAUCCAGUAAUUCCUACUGAAACCGAAAACAAGAUGCUCCGAUCGACGGCCACCAGAUUAACCCAGAGGGUCAACAAAACGACUUGCCGAAGACUUCUGUCGGACAAGCCAAACAAUCCUUUGGCUGCGGACUCAGGUAAUAUUGGCACCCAUCUCCAUCACAAUCUUAGCAUGGGCUUGGCGGUUCUAACUCCACUAUGGUUUCUAAUGCCGGAUAGUUAUUCGGACGGGUUCAUCGACAAGGGGUUUGGAGUCCUCUUGGCUGGAAGCAUUAGCGGUCAUUCCUGGAUAGGAAUGAACUAUGUCGCUACCGACUAUGUCCCCAAGGUUUCCAAGGCUUUGUUAGGCCCAUCGCGUGUAGCUAUUGCAGGAAUGACAGCCGUUACAUUCUUGGGUCUCAGCCGUUGUUCCAUUCAGUCGGAGGGUGGAAUCAAAGGGUGCCUCAAGGGUCUUUGGAAUCCACCGCCUUCCAAAUAGAAGGCGACGAUCGGCGUGUUCGUGAGGCUAGUAAAUUUCUUUUUCUUCGGUCGCUGCAACACAAAGCACAAUUCAGAUAUCUUUCAACCAUAUGGAUAUAAAGCAACUUUUGUUAAAUCACAAACAUACAAUACAAAAGAAGCUAGUCA